AUGUAUUUGAUCGUGGUUUCUGCAUGGAUCUUUGCCUGUGUUGCAGCAUCGGGCAAGGGUCUCAUACAUUUCCCUCGUAAUGAUUCCAAGCCUGUGCAAAGUGCACCACGAACAGUAGGAUAUUUUGGGAAUUGGGAUAUCUAUGCUUCAUCGCCUUAUUAUAUCACAAACAUUCCAGGGAGCAACUUGACGCAUCUGAUCUAUUCUUUUGCAAAUGUCAAUUCGACCACCGGCGAAGUGUAUCUAAGUGACACAUGGGCAGACCUACAAUACCCCUAUCCAGGCGACGACAAAACCGCUACUGGAAACAAUGUAUACGGCAACAUAAAACAACUGUACCUAUGGAAAAAGGAACAGCGAAACCUCAAAACCAUGCUUUCCAUCGGCGGCGGCACAUACUCCACCAACAUUGUCCCCGUUCUAGCAAAUGACACUCUGCGUCAAAAGUUCGCCGAUUCCGCCGUCACACUUCUCGCCAACUUAGGAUUUGAUGGGCUAGACAUUGACUACGAAUCCGUCAGCGAUUCCGUGCAAGCGGAACAAUUCGUCGAUCUGUUGAACAAAACUCGCACGGCCUUGGACACAUUCGCCGCAAAUAUCAGCGCAGCUCCAUUCUCACUCUCAUUCGCAUCCCCAGGUGGAUCUUCAUUUUACGAUCUUCUCAACUUCAGUGCUAUGGACCAAUACCUCGAUUUCUGGAAUUUUAUGGGCUACGCCUACACCGGAUCAUGGAAUACCUAUUCCGGACACCAGGCCAGUCUCUACAACUCCUCCAAAAAUCCCCUCUCAACGCCCGUUGACACCCAUACCGGGAUUCUGUAUUAUAUAUCCGAAGGCGUGACACCAGAUAAAAUCAACCUCGGCUGUCCCUUGUAUGGAACAUCCUUCAAUAACACCUCGGGCCCCGGGACAACCUUUGAUGGAAUUGGCACACUGGGCACAGACGGUGCCGCUGGACUGUGGUACUACAACUCUCUACCUGUGCCAGGCUUCAACGCGACAACGUAUAAUCUCCCAGAUAUAGGUGCUAGUUAUAGCUAUGACCCCGUCAAGAAGUACAUGAUCAGUUACGACACGGCAAAAGUCGCAGCCGUCAAGGCACAGUAUGUCCUUGAUAUGGGCCUCGGAGGUACUAUGUGGUGGGAAGUCAGCCAAGAUAAGACCGAUGACUCGAGCCUGAUUGGCACCACAGUUGAGACAUAUGGUGGACAAAGUGCGCUAGAUCAGAGUCUCAAUCAUUUAAACUACUCGACGAGUGUGUAUGACAAUUUGAGAGCUGGCUUUCCAGGUGAGACGAUUGCGAAUUCGACGGCAACUUCGACUUCGACGACGACUACGGCGACGCCGUCUUGGACUUCGAGUGUGACUUCUUCGCUUGUGGAGCCGAGUACGGUUCCUGACUGUACAGAGUAUCAUCUUGUUGUUACGGGUGAUACGUGCUCGAAGAUUGAGUCUGAGUAUGGUAUCACGAAUGAAGAAUUCGCACAGUGGAAUCCCUACAGCGGCUCAACAUGCGAAAACCUUUGGCUCGGAUUCUAUGUCUGUGUUCAGGGACCUACGAGUACUACCUCCUCUACCCCAGCGAUCUCCUCGGCCACAACAACAGCAGCUCCCUCACCCGCAGAGCCAAGCACAAUCUCCUCUUGUACAAGCUACCAUCUCGUUGUGUCAGGGGAUACAUGUUACUCAAUAGAAACCGAGUAUGGCAUUACAGUUAAUGAGUUUUCAGAAUGGAAUCCCUACAUUGGCGCGGAUUGUAUGAACCUCUGGCUCGGAUUCUACGUCUGUGUUCAAGGACCGACUAGUUCUACUUCCUCCUCUGCUCCGGUGACUUCUUCGGCUAGUGCUAUCAGUUCGUUUACUCCCGUCACCAUGCCAGCUACAACAACCACAUCAGCAACCACAACGAUUUCGACAACGACCCCUCCAUCGCCCACGGAACCAAGCACAAUCUCAUCCUGCACGGACUACCACCUCGUCGUUUCGGGAGAUACAUGUUACUUGAUUGAGCAAACGUACGAUAUUACCGCUGAUCAGUUCAAUGAAUGGAAUCCAUAUGUCGGAUCUGAUUGCAGCAAUCUUUGGCUGACAUUCUAUGUGUGUGUUGGAGCGCCUGCGACGAGCUCGUCGAGCUCGUUAUCUCGAAAGUGGAGACCAAUCCGAAAUUUCGCAAGUCAUAGUCGAACAUCCUCAGACUCGACGUUGCCCUCCACUAGCGCCCCGACAUUCAAAGUCAAACACAACGGCGCAGAGUUCGAGAUCCUAAAUCCAAAAAGUACUUCUUCAUUUGAUUUUGGUGAGGUUUCUACUUACCGACUAUCCAACCUAUUCAAAAACACGAUGGAGGAGGAAAGCCCCGACAUAUCGCCAACGCACUCAUUCAUGAGCUAUGCGUUACCAGACGACAUGAUUCGACCCCUCUCUGCGUCUGAAAGCGCGGUGCUCUCCAAAUACACAACACCACCACUGUCGCCAGGACUACCACAGUCCAAUCAUUCGUUCGCUGCCCUGCCUCCCUUGAAAGAAUCGCCGUCGAGUCCAGUGUCGCCUCGAUCCCCUAAGACUCCAGCAAGGACAUUGAAGCAGAAAGUAUCUCGUUUAUUCGGUGGCUCGGAUAAGCGUUCCUCGCCCAGGUAUGAAAUCGACUUAAACGAGAAAUUUGACUAUCGCAACGAACAGGAUGUCCCACAUUCACCGCUGUCCUAUCAUUGGGAAGCAGAAGACUCAGUGAAGAUAUUGCAUUAUCCAGGAACAGCAGUCGACACAACCAGCUCUGACUACGAAGGAAACAACUCAUCCAAACACGACUCUGAAGAUGUCCAUUCCCGCCGCAGACCAACAUGGGGCCCUCACUCAUCCAACCGUCACCAGACCCUCCAAGAUGCUCUUCGCCAACUCGAAACCGACAACAACGGCCUCACGUUUGAAGAUAUAAUGCGCUACAUUGAUGCAGAGCAAUGUGAAGAUCGUGCUGGGAACGGUGAUGGUGAUCAAGCCCUAGACGAAAAAGUUGAACGACCAUGGCAGCCAGAUACAUGGAACGAACCGACUCUAUUGCGCAUGCCACAAAAUCGUCCAUCGAAUAGCAACCUCUCGACGAAUGCGCCUAGUACACGUGCCUCUAUUCGACCGUAUGUUGAGAGGGCUGCAGCGUUCAUGGCGGGUGGUGCUGAUGGGKUCAGCUCGUCGUCUUCGUCACUUGACCCAGCUGAAGAAACUCAUGAGGCGUUGAGUAAGAACGUGAUCCACGGAAAUGAUUAUGGAAAGGAUGAGGAUGAAGAGGAGGCCAGAACCGAAGAUGACUAUGAACCAAUACCACCCCUCCGUCGUAGCAUCUCCCGCCGCGCUCGCCCACUCUCCUCCAACCCUCCAGAUCUCGACACCCCACUGCUCUUCGAAUCGCCCUCUUCCUCUUCCUCCUCGUCCUUGUCCUUGGUCUCCAACGUCCGCGCUAUCACCCCUCCACCCAGGCGUACGGCGACGCCUCAACCCCUGACGAGAAUCAGCUGGACACCUGAGAUCCCAGCCCGUCAUCCUGAUCAUCGUCUCGUCCGGUUCGAAUACGAUGCUACUACAAUCAACCCUAGAGCCGGCACACCGCUGCCGCCUUUAAUAUCGACAACAUCGCCACAAGCAGCAGGACCGAGGGUGGUGACUACUAGUAUGGCGCCGCGGAAAAAGGCUAAGAAGCAUUACCUGAAAAAGUCUUUCAAGGUUUGA